GAAUCUAGGUUAGUGGCGGAAGGGAGAUGCUCCUUACGUGGGUGACCCGUGGCCUACCCAGGAAACAGCAGGUGUCCGCCCAACGCGAGGCUAAUCCUCAACUCCCAGGGGCUUGCCUGGGCCCCUGCCUUGGCAGGAACUAAAAGGUGACCUGACCCUGCAGGGGCGGGCCAGGGCCAGGGCACGGGCCGGGCGAGUGGCGCAGGUGGGCGUGCCGGCCAGGAGGGGAGGCGGGACCUAUAAAGCUCUCUCCAUUCCGGAGGCGGAGCGGCCGGGUGCAGCCUGUGUUGGUGGGCGCGGUGGCCCGCAGCCUUCGACUCGCUGCAGGACUGUGCAGGGGACCUUUGUCCAAGCAUCGGGCUACUGAGGGGCGCCUGCCUCGGUUUACCCUUCAGCGUCUGGUGAAAUCCGGCAGCGCCUAGGGAAAGAUCCGUUCUGCUCCGCGAGGGAAACAGAGCCGUUGACCAUGGUUGCAACGGGCAGUUUGAGCAGUAAGAACCCGGCCAGCAUUUCAGAGUUGCUGGACGGUGGCUAUCACCCUGGGAGUCUGCUAAGUGAUUUCGACUACUGGGAUUAUGUUGUCCCUGAGCCCAACCUCAACGAGGUGGUAUUUGAAGAGACAACAUGCCAGAAUUUGGUUAAAAUGUUGGAGAACUGUCUGUCCAAAUCAAAGCAAACCAAACUCGGUUGCUCUAAGGUCUUGGUCCCUGAGAACCUGACCCAGAGAAUUGCUCAAGACGUCCUGCGGCUCUCGUCCACGGAGCCCUGCGGCCUUCGGGGUUGUGUGAUGCACGUGAACUUGGAAAUUGAAAAUGUGUGUAAGAAGCUGGAUAGGAUUGUGUGCGACGCCAGUGUGGUGCCGACUUUCGAGCUCACACUUGUGUUUAAGCAGGAGAACUGCCCGUGGACCAGCCUCAAGGACUUCUUCUUUAGCAGGGGUCGCUUCUCGUCGGGCCUGAGGCGAACUCUGAUCCUCAGCUCAGGAUUUCGACUUGUGAAGAAAAAACUGUACUCUCUGAUUGGAACGACAGUCAUUGAAGAGUGCUGAGGAGGAAACACAAUUAAAGGCCCCUAAUGAGCGGAUAAUAAACCUCUGAAGCUAUCCAGCCGGUCAUUUGUAGUUCGCCUGCUUGCCCUCACCGGGAAAUCCCAGAUUUUGACCGUUCUCCUUCAGUGUGUCUCACCCAUAGCAACCCACUUUAAAGGCUGAUUCCCCCCCCCCCCAGCUUUUAAGAUAUAAUCCAAGAGAGCAAAUUGCCCACAUAUGUGUCCAUAUGGGAUAGAAUGGAAUAAGGAGGAGAAAGAAGCAGCACCUUUAAUUUUAUAUUUGUUCUCCUGUUUAGCAGGUAGUCUUAGCAACAGAGGAAGAUCUGCUUUGCCUAAUUUGACUUUCAUGUACCCAGGGCUUGUUGCUUGCUGUCAUUGUGCCUCUCUCUCUCUCUCUCUCUCUCUCUCUCUCUCUC